AUAUGAGAUGGCGCUGGUUGGUACAUUAGUACAUUAUUGGUACUACAUUAGCCAAGAACGUAUAUUUAAUGUUAAACCUACACUAAUCGCACUAAAAACGAUUUAAAUACACGUAUUGUGUUUCUCGCGAUAAAUGCCAAAGACAACACAGUCACGUGACAGACGAAACCCGGAAAUGACACAGAAAAUCGCGAAAGCUACAUAUUCUAAAACAAACAACAUUUUAAGAUAGUUCUUUACAUAUAAAAUGGCUUUCGCGGGUUGUAUGCGUGACUUGAAAUAUGCAACGGUGGACAAGUUGAGCAAAUUCAAUUCUAUGCGCGGUGGACGCUUGUGAAUUUUGGGACGUGGUGGUCGUGACCGCAAUGGACGAGAGGCAGAAAGAUGUCUACGAAGAUGAGAUCAGAAGAAAACUUGGCGGCACACUCCCCCUCGGAAUUCCCUACAACGUCUUCUCCGAUCCCCCUGGAUAUAAAAUAGGCAAUGGAGGUUCCACCCUGCAUGCUCUGCAGAAACUCAGUGACAUCUACGGCAAAGCUCUUUGCAAGAUGAGAGUCCUCCUGAUCCAUGCAGGUGGUUUGAGUCAGCGUCUGCCUGCUGCCAGUGCCUUCGGGAAGGUCUUUACCGCCAUGCCGCUGGGCGACCCUCUCUAUGAGAUGCUGGAGCUCAAACUGGCCAUGUACGUGGAUUUUCCAUCACACAUGAAGCCUGGCGUGCUGGUGACGUGCGCAGAUGACAUCGAGCUCUACAGUAUCCCAGAUGACAGUAGACUUGCAUUCGACAAGCCCGGCUUCACCGCGUUAGCCCAUCCCUCACCACUGUCCGUUGGCACUACCCACGGUGUGUUUGUUUUGGAACCACGUGAGGACUCCGCUUUUCAGAAAAUGGAGAACAGAAGCUGCUUACGCUUUCUUCACAAACCGAGCAUUGAAAAGAUGCGCGGAAGCGGUGCUGUUUGUAAAAGGAAAAGUGAUUAUUUUCCUAUAUGUGAUAUGGAGUUUGUCUACACAGACAGCACCUAUUAUAUGGACUUUGAUACGUCCCAACGUCUCCUUAAUGUGUUUAAAGAGGUCGGACCCUUACAGUGCGAGAUAGAUGCAUAUGGUGAUUUUCUCCAAGCAUUAGGACCACAAGCCACCAUAGAAUACACCUGCAACACAGCCAACGUCACCAACCAAGACAGCAGUCUGGUUGAAGUCCGCCAAAAGAUUUUCCAUCUUCUCCAAGGGACGCAGUUGAAUGUUAUUCUCCUGAAUAACUCCAAGUUUUAUCACAUUGGAACCACGCCCGAAUAUCUCUCUCACCUUACCGAGGUUGACGGCCUGAAAAGCAUGUUGUGCCUGGAGUCGUGGGCUUUCAGCAGGCACCCAGGUAAAAACUUAGAUAAGGCUUCCUGUGUGAUAUUCAGCAUCCUCCAUCCAAGUUGCUCUGUGGGAGCCGGGUCCGUAGUGGAGCGCUCCAGACUGGAAGAGGGGGCAUCUGUAGGCAGGGGCACACUGGUCAGCCGUUGCUGGGUCAGUCCAGACUUUUCAGUGCCUGAUGGAGUCUUCAUGCAGACAUUGUGUGUGAGCCUGGAGGACAGAAGCGGAUUUGUAACUAUCGCCUUUGGUGUCAACGACAACCUGAAGUGCACCGUGGGAGCUGCUGCCUCUAUGGAAGGGCUGAGUCUGUGUGGGGUCACUCUGGACACGUGCGUGUCCCGCUGGGGUCUUUGUGGCCAAGUCUUGAGGUUCUCCGGUGACAUGUCCCGCUGUAGUUUGUGGAACGCCUGUCUGUUUCCAGUUUGUGCUGAUGAACAGCGCUCAUUCUCUGUGUCUCUCAAGAUGCUUCAGGCAGUUCUGGGCGGAUCUGCAUUCGAGUUGCAAGAGACAAAAUUGAUAUCCCUGCAAGAGGCCCUGCUGUGUCAGAACGUGUUGGAGAUGCACAACAUCUGGAAAAAACUCAAUGAUGACAUCUUACAGAUAAAAUGCCAAUUUAUUACCUCAACUCCUUAGGCUUCCGCCACGGGAUCAAGACAGUGACUAUCUUCAGACUAAAAUAAGAUAAUCAACGUCUACCUUUUUAUUAGCUCCUUAUUUAACCAACCAUCCAUCCACAUGAAACUGCUUUUGUGCUAAAGACCUUUUUUUACUGCAGGUGAAAGUUGGUCAACCAAC